AUGCCAGACAAGACUCCCGACAAUUUGAGUAAGGAAGAGAGAUCCGCCUUACAAUCAUUAAAAAAUGGGGAUGACAUUGUAAUCAAGACAGCAGACAAAGGCUCUACAGUUGUAGUACUGGAUAAAGAGACUUACAUGGCGGAGGCCCAAAGACAACUCUCAGACGAACGUUUCUAUAAGAAACUGGACUCUGACCCUACUAAAGAAUUCUCCACCGCCAUUACCAAAACUCUUGACGAUAUGUUUGAGAAAAAUGAGAUUGAGAAUUUGCCAUCCUAUCUCAAGGACACCACGGACUACAUUAACAAGACGCCCUCUACUGGCCUCCCAGAUCAUACCCUCCUCAUGACUAUGGACGUCACAUCUUUGUACACCAAUAUUCCGCACGAUGAGGGUAUCGAAGCCUGUAGAGAAGUCUGGGAUAGUAGAUCCAUACAAAUUCCUUCUACCGAGUCUCUUGCCAAGCUCCUUGAACAUAAGGAAACCUCUGUGCAAUACAACUACACGGAUUGUAAGAGUCUACACGUAGAAAGUCUGUUACAAUGUGCAAGUCUCUCUAAGGAAAGUAAAAGUGUGACCUUCUUUCAUGUUCCUUCUACAAAGUUUUGUCACUGGGAUUGUACCAUCAUCUACUGUCCGUUCUGGUCAGAAAAACUUACCAAAAUACAGUCAGUUAGAAACGCUGCACUGGGACAAUUUGCACAUUCAUCGUCCACAUUUCCUUAUGACAGUCAUUCGUUUCGAGCAGGUUGGGCCGUAGAUGGAAAGGUUGCCAACUUAAGUUCACAUCAGUGUUUUAUUUCAUACUACGAGGAAAAUCCUUGGAUUCAAAUUCACCUAGGAGGAAAUUAUUUUGUUUCAUUUAUAAGGGUACACAAUCGACAGGAUGGAUUCGGAGAGCGCCUUCACGACCUAACAUUUUGGGUGUUUCAAGGUGCCUACAAUUUUACAGCUUGUGGAUUCUUCAAGGGACCCGGAUUAACGAAACAAGUGGUUGAGAUAUUAUGUGAAGAUACCUUGCCUAGAAACAUUGUUAGACUGCAGAUAACGUAUGGAUCUUAUAACAGUCUUGCCUUAUGUGAGGUUGAAGUCCAUAUCUCUGCAUGA